ACUGGUAGAUCUGCACUUUUAUUGGGCGCCACUGGCGCGACGGGGAAGCAUCUCCUGCGUGAACUACUUGCGUGCUCUCAGUAUAGCCGCGUGGGCGAGUACGGGCGCUGGGUGACAUCGCCUGACGACCUGCAGGACAAGGAGAAGCUCGAACAGAAGACGAUAGACUUCGAAAAGGUCGAAGAGGCGGGUUUGAGAGAGGGAAAGUGGGACGUCGUCUAUAUCAUACUGGGGACCACCAGAGCAAAGGCGGGUAACUCUGCUGCAUUUGAAAGGAUAGAUCGAGACUAUGUCGUAAAUGCCGCUCGAGCAGCAAAAUCCAACGAUCCCCAGCACACGCAGCGUCUUGUCUACCUCUCUAGCAACGGCGCGAGCCCAAAUGCGUCUUUACUGUACCUCAGGAGUAAGGGCCUCACCGAGAUGGCGCUUGCAUCACUGGGAUACGAAGAGACAAUCAUCCUCAGACCAGGUUUCUUACGGGGUGCUGAGCGAGGUGAGAGUAGGCCUUUCGAGGCAGUCAUGAUGUACGUGUGUUGUGCUUUGCUCAACUUGAUCCGCAUUAAUGCUGGACUCGCGGUACCGUUGCUUGCGAAAAGUAUGCGCAUUGCCGGAGAAUCGGGCAGUGUAGCUUUGUUAUCACAGGGGCAAGCGACUUCGGGAGGUGAAGACGGGAGAAAUUUUACCGUGGUAGGGAACUCAGAGUGCAUUUCACUCUCC